AUGUGGAUAUUUCUUGUGUUGAUGACGAUUGCUAAUCUCGGAGGUACGAAGCGUGUAAGGAAAGAACCUCGACAAAUUUCGGUUGUGUCAACUGGUGAAGAAAGUGGAAGUGAAUUGGAUCCAAAGUUGUGCAUGCUUCGUACACGUAAACGUGUUAUGACAUCUGUUGCAUCAAUAGGAGCAACUGUUGCGAGAGAAAAUACUCGAUCAACUUCAUUUCAGCCUGCCCAAGAAGAAAGUGUCUCUAGAACAACUUCUAAAACAACUGAACGUCCUCCUUCUCAAAAUAUGGAUUCUUUUCCAAACUCAGGUGAUACAGCAACAAGACAAAGUGGUUCCACCGAAGAUACUCAACGAUCUUCAAUACCGUUAGUUGGUGAAGGAAAUGUCUCUAACACGACUGAUAACAUGGAAUCCCAAACUGAGCACUCUCAUGCUCCAAAUCAACGACGAAGGAGAGGCCCUAAUAUUAAUAAAAAGGCUUCGCAUAUUUUGGACAAGAUUGUGGAGAAUCAACCAGAUGCACGGAUUACAUUGAGAAAAGAUACAUAUACUAAGAAAUUUGUUGGGGAUUCAGCAGUAUAUUUUGCAACGGAGGUUGGAAUUGUGAUGCGAAAGUUUUGUCCAAUGGAAUUCCAUACAUGGGAGAAAGUACCGAAAGAAAAUAAAGAAGAAAUGAUCGAUAGAUUACGUGCAAAAUUUGAAAUACCGCACGCAAAUAUAGUUUUGAUGGAAUGUGUAGAUGAGCAAAUGCGAAGGCAAUGGAAACGCACACGAAAUACUUUGAAAGAUUUUUGGAAGAAAAAUGGAGGAAUGACCGAUCCACAAAUAGCACGAUCUAAAAUGAAGCCAGAUUGUCGUAACAAAGAAGAUUGGUCUCAUUUGUGUGAUUAUUGGGAGACAGAUAAAGCACAGAAGUAUGCUGAUCAAAUGAAAAAUAAUCGAGAAAAACUAGUGAUUUCAAGUAGAGGAGGUUCUCGAUCAAUAGCAAAUCACAAAUUUAGCAUGAAAAACAAAGAGACUCAAUUGCCCCCCACCCCAAUCGAAUUAUAUCAUAAGUUGCAUUUUCAUCCUACAAAGGAAUGGCUAAAUGAUGAGACACGCAUUCAAUAUGAAAAUAUUCUCCAAAUGAAAGAGGAUGAAUGUACCAAAUUAGUUUCUGCGGGAGCUUUAAGUGGACCUAUUAUGAGGAAAAAAGAUCUACAUAUCUUAUCAGCAGCGGAACCGUCUCAAUCAGCCUCAACGGAUGAAAUGGCUUUGAAAAAUAAAGUUACUGCACUCGAGGAAGAGAUUCGAGAAAACAAAGAAAAAGUGAAACAAAGUGAGGAGAAAUGUGAAAAGAUGCUUCAAUUUAUGAUCUCGAAGUUCCCAGAUUCUCAAAACAUAUUAUGCCCGCCUGAUAAAGAAGGAUUUCGUGCAUAUGAUGACAUGACAAACACAUCUGAUGAAGAGUAA